GGCUGUAGCCUGGGAGUUUCCGAGCAGCGGCGGCCCGGGUGUGUACUGGACCCAGUCAAUUGGGACACCUCCCGCCGGAGCACAACCCCCGUGCGGCGCGGAGGGAUACAGUCCGCUGCGCUACUCCAGGCUGCCAGCGGUGAUGAACUUUUCAAAAAGUUUGCUCUGAAGUUUGGAGGCGCGGGAUCGGGGGUUCGAACCGAGGGUUCUCCCGGCGCUUUGUCUUUUAAAACAAAAAGUGUAUAAAAUUCCUCCCCCUCCUUUCCCCAUGAACACAAAGAAAUCCUGGGCUCCACGUUUGGACGGAUGUAUAAGUUAAACGAGGAAUCGGAGAAAAUCUCGGAACUUUAAAGCUGCGAGCAAUGGGUGAUUUAAAACUCUGGAAUUUACUUUGGGGAGUCUGUUUGACGGCGCUUUGUGAAGCUCUGCAGUGCCAGGAUAAUCACCAUCCAUGUGAGAACAGCGGGCAGUGUAUCAGGAGCCUACACGGGGAUGCGUCGUGUCUGUGUCGGUCUGGUUUUAUUGGGAAUUUGUGCCAGUUUCCUGAUCCUUGCCAAAGGUCGCCCUGUCUAAACGGAGGGAUAUGCGGCAGUUUGGUGUUGGAUAGCACGGCUCGGUACACCUGCACCUGCACUCGAGGGUUCAGAGGAGAGGACUGCUCGCAGAUCGAUGCGUGCGCCGCCAGCCCGUGUGCCAACGGUGCCCGCUGCACCAACUGGAACAACCGUUACAACUGCAGCUGCCCGCCGGGCUACAACGGCAAACACUGCCGCACAGACAUCGACGAGUGCAGGGCGCCCGACCUCUGCAAGAACGGAGGGGUGUGCGCCAAUGCCCCGGGCACGUACCGCUGCCAGUGCCCGCCCGGCUACACCGGGCGCCAGUGCGAAAGCACCUACAUCCCCUGCGCCCCAUCACAGUGCCAGAACGGUGGCACCUGCCGGCAGACUGGUGAUCUGACCUACGAGUGCGCCUGUUUGCCAGGUUUUGAAGGGCAGAACUGUGAGAUUAACAUUGAUGAUUGUCCCAAGCACAACUGCAGGCACGGUGGAACCUGCAUAGAUGGGGUAAACACCUACAAUUGCCAGUGCACACCUGAAUGGACAGGCCAGUUCUGCACCGAGGAUGUGGACGAGUGCCACCUGCAGCCCAACGCAUGCCACAACGGCGGCACCUGCUUCAACACGCUCGGCGGCCACUCCUGCGUCUGUGUCAAUGGCUGGACCGGCGACGACUGCAGUGAGAACAUCGACGACUGCGCCACCGCCGUCUGCUUCCACGGUGCCACCUGCCACGACCGCGUGGCGUCCUUCUUCUGCGAGUGCCCUUCCGGGAGGACAGGUUUGCUGUGCCACCUUGAAGAUGCUUGUGUGAGCAAUCCAUGUCAUGAAGGGGCCAUCUGUGACACCAACCCAGUGAAUGGAGAAGCCAUCUGCACCUGUCCCUCGGGAUUCUCCGGACCUGCUUGUAAUCAGGAUGUGGAUGAGUGUUCGAUAGGGGCCAAUCCCUGUGAACACUUUGGGAAGUGCGUGAAUACUGAGGGCUCCUUCCAGUGCCAGUGUGGGAACGGGUACACGGGCCCCCGCUGUGAGACGGACAUCAACGAAUGCUUAUCCAUGCCCUGCCAGAAUGAUGCCACCUGCCUGGACCGCAUCGGAGAAUUCACCUGUAUCUGUAUGCCAGGUUUCAAGGGGAUCUACUGCCAGAUCGACAUAGACGAGUGUGAGAGUAAUCCGUGCGUCAACAAUGGUGCAUGUACAGAUAUCGUCAAUGGCUUCGUCUGCAAGUGCCCUUCAGGCUUCAGUGGAGCGAUGUGCCACGUUGACAUUGACGAAUGUGCAAGCACUCCCUGCCAGAAUGGGGCCAAGUGCAUCGACAGACCCAAUGGAUACGAAUGCAAAUGUGCAGAGGGAUUCGAGGGGAAGGUGUGCGAGAGGAAUAUCGACGACUGCAGCCCCGACCCCUGCCACCAUGGCACCUGCAGCGACGGCAUUGCCAGCUUCACCUGCCACUGCGAGCCCGGGUACACCGGCUACCGCUGCGAGAACCAGAUCAACGAGUGCCACAGCAACCCCUGCCAGAACUCGGGCAAGUGCAUGGACCUGGUGAACAAGUACAGCUGUCACUGCCUGCAGGGAACCUCAGGGGUCAACUGUGAGAUCAACCAUGACGACUGUGCCAGCCAGCCUUGUGAUUACGGCAUCUGCAGGGAUGGCAUCAACCGCUACGACUGCAUCUGCAAACCGGGCUUCAUGGGCUCGCAGUGCAACAUCGAGAUCGACGAGUGUGCGUCGGGCCCGUGCCAGAACGGGGGCACGUGCAUCGACGGCGAGGACAGCUUCUCCUGCCUGUGCCCCGAGGGCUACCACGACCCCCUGUGCUACUCCGAGGUGGACGAAUGUAGCAGCAGUCCCUGCGUGCACGGGUCGUGUCACGACGACAUCAAUGGGUACAAGUGUGACUGCGAAUCGGGGUGGACUGGGGUGAACUGUGGCAUUGACAAGGACGAGUGUCACUCCAACCCAUGCCAGAAUGGAGGGAGCUGUUCUGACCUGGUGAAUGGAUACAUCUGUAAAUGCAAGGAGGGCUUUCGAGGCCAGCACUGCCAACUCAAUGUCAACGAUUGUGCCUCGAACCCAUGCUUGAACAAAGCAGUGUGCGUGGAUGGGAUUGCUAGUUAUUCCUGCCAGUGUGAGCUGCCUUAUACAGGAGAAAACUGUGAGAACGUCCUGAUUCCCUGCUCUCCCAACCCGUGUGGGAACGGUGGCUUCUGUGACCACACCCCUGACUACGAGGACUUUGUGUGCACCUGCGCUGACGGAUGGCAAGGUCGGAUCUGUCAAGUGGAUGUUGAUGAGUGUGUAUCCAACCCUUGCAAGAAUCGAGGCAGCUGUACCAACACGUUGGGAAGCUACAUCUGUGCGUGUGGGCCGGGCUUUGCAGGCCACAACUGUGAGACCGACAUCAACGACUGCUAUCCAAGUCCCUGUGUGAACGGUGGCUCGUGCCACGACGGCGUCAACUCGUUUGUCUGCAGCUGCCUGCCCGGAUUUGCGGGCGCCCGGUGCUCGGACGAGGUGAACGAGUGCGAGAGCAGCCCCUGCCGCAACGGGGGCACCUGCACCGACUACGUCAACAGCUACACCUGCAGCUGCAAGGCUGGCUUCAAUGGACUACACUGUGAGAACAACAUUCAGGACUGCACGGAAAGCUCCUGCUUCAACGGAGGGUCCUGCACCGACGGCGUUAACACGUACACCUGCCACUGUCGCGCCGGUUUCUCCGGCUCCAAUUGCCAGCAAGACAUCGAUGAGUGUGUGUCACAGCCGUGUCUGAAUGGUGGGGUGUGUGUGGACGGGCUGGAGACAUACAGGUGUACCUGUCCCCAAGGCUACACUGGGGAACGGUGUCAGGUGGGCACGGACUGGUGCAGCCGGUUCCCCUGCAAGAACGGCGGGCGUUGCCGGGUGACCGGGCUGUCCUUCGCCUGUGAGUGCGCGAACAGCUGGACUGGGCACUACUGCGACAUCCCCAACAUGUCCUGCGAGGCAGCUGCAUUGGAGAGAGGAGCGGCCACCAACCAGCCUUGUAAUCACGGCGGCACGUGCUUCAACACUGGGAUGACACAUUACUGCGUCUGCCCCAAGACCUACACUGGCAGCUACUGCGAGACUGAGGUAGACCAGUGUUCCUCCAGCCCGUGUCACAACGGCGCCACCUGCAGGAGCUUCAUCGGGAGCUACAGAUGUGAGUGCACGCCGGGCUACAAGGGCAAGACCUGCAAGGUGGAGGUGAAUGAAUGCGAGUCCAACCCAUGCAAGAACGGAGGCACCUGCCUGGAUCUGAUCGGCCGUUACAUCUGCUCCUGCCCUCCGGGAACUCUAGGGGUACUGUGCGAGAUUAACGACGACGACUGCGGCCUGUCUCCUCACACCAACGCGCCCAAGUGUAUGAAUAACGGGACCUGCGUGGAUGGAAUCGGGGGCUACACCUGCAGAUGCCCCCCGGGGUUCACCGGCCAUCGGUGCGAAGGCGACAUCAACGAGUGCCUGUCGAGCCCGUGUAACGUGCAGACCACCACCGACUGCAUCCAGUUGCCCAAUGACUACCUGUGUGUCUGCAAGCAUGGCUUCACAGGCCGCCACUGCAAGAGCGUGGUCAACAUGUGCGACUCACAGCCCUGUCAGAAUGGAGGCCAUUGCAAAGUCACAGUCAACACCCCCCUCGGCUACACCUGCAAGUGCCAGCUGAGCUACACCGGGCCCAACUGCGAGCGCAGCGUCCUGACCUGCCGUAGCCUGGUGUGCCGGAGCAGCGAGCUGUGCAUCGAUACCCCUCUGGGUGCCCGCUGCCAACCACAGCCCAGCACCGGCACCAACGCCACCUGCUCCAGCCGCCCCUGCCGUAACGGCGGGCUGUGUAGGCUGGUCCGCCAGCCCCCCUUCUACCACUGCCUGUGCCCCAAGGAGUUUGGAGGGCGGCACUGUGAGAUUCUCCGGGGCUACACCCCGCCGCUCAAGGAGCCGCCGUGCCCCCUGGCGGAGUGCCAGCGCAAGGCUGGCGAUGGCGAGUGUGACCGGCAGUGCAACACCCACAGCUGCCUGUGGGACGGCGGGGACUGCUCACUCUCUGUCGACAACCCCUGGAAGGAGUGCAGCUUCCAGCACUGCCGGAGCAACUUCAACAACAACAUCUGUGACGAGAUCUGCAACACACACGAGUGUCUCUACGACAACUUCGACUGCCAGAGCCAAGAGCGCGCAUGCAACCCGUUGUACGAGAAGUACUGUGCAGACCACUACGCGGACCAGCGCUGUGACCAGGGCUGCAACAACGAGGAGUGUGGCUGGGACGGGCUGGACUGUGCGUCGGACGUGCCAGCGCGCCUGGCCGAGGGCACGCUCAUCGUCAUCGUGCUGCUGCCCCCCGACCAGCUGCUCCAGAGCAGCGCCAACUUCCUGCAGAAGCUGGGCUCCAUCCUGCGCGCCACCCUACGCUUCAAGAAGGACAGCAGCGGCCAGUAUAUGAUCUACCCCUACUACGGCGCCAGCUCCCGGAUCGGCAAACGCUCGGCCGCCCCAAGCCGGGCCCGGCGCGAGCAGGAACAGAAGGUCAUCGGGUCCAAGGUGAGCCUGGAGAUCGACAACCGUCUGUGCCUGCAGGCGACUGGCGAAUGCUUCCCAACGGCAGAGAGCGCUGCUGCCUACAUCGGGGCCCUGUCUACAGUGGGCAGCCUACACUUCCCCUACCCCAUCAAAGAUGUCGACAGCGAACAGCUGCCACUGCCGGCGGCCCCCAUGAACCUCCUGCCACUGAUGAUCGUGGCUGCCGUCAUCCUCACCGUCAUCCUCAUCCUGGGCGUGCUGGUGGCCCGGCGCAAGCGGGAGCAGAGCCUGCUCUGGUUCCCCGAGGGAUUCACCCUGAAGAAGGACAACAGCAACAAGAACCGUCGCGAGCCGGUGGGACAGGAUGCGCUGGGAAUGAAGCACAUCUCCAAAUCGAUGGUGGAGGAAGGUCUGAUCAGUGAGCGAGACCUGCAGACUGGGCAGUGGCUGGACACGGAAUGUCCUGAGGCAAAGAGGCUUAAGGUGGAGGAACCCAGCACCCUGUCGGAUAGCGAGGAUACCGUCGACUGUCGCCAGUGGACACAACAUCACCUUGCGGCUGCUGACAUCCGCAUGCCUCCCUCCAUGGCCCUGACCCCACCUCAGGGAGAGUUUGACUCGGACUGCAUGGACGUGAAUGUCCGAGGCCCAGAUGGUUUUACUCCGCUGAUGCUGGCAUCCUACUGCGGUGGGGGACUGGACACAGGCCUGGCAGAGGAGGAGGAGCAGGAAGACUCGUCUGCCAACAUCAUCUCCGACCUCAUCUACCAGGGUGCCAACCUGUGUGCCCAGACGGACCGGACGGGCGAGACGGCCCUGCACCUGGCCGCCCGCUAUGCCCGCGCUGACGCUGCCAAACGGCUGCUGGAUGCCGGGGCAGACGCCAACGCCCAGGACAACACCGGCCGCUCUCCCCUGCACGCAGCUGUCGCGGCCGAUGCACAAGGAGUCUUCCAGAUAUUAAUAAGAAACCGAGCCACGGACCUGGAUGCGCGUAUGGUUGAUGGCUCCACCGCCCUGAUUCUGGCGGCCAGGCUCGCUGUGGAGGGAAUGGUGGAGGAACUAAUAGCCUGCCAUGCUGAUGUCAACGCUGUUGAUGAGAUAGGUAAAUCAGCACUGCAUUGGGCUGCAGCUGUCAAUAAUGUCGACGCCACUCUGGUCUUACUGAAGAACGGAGCCAACAAGGAUAUGCAGGACAGCAAGGAGGAGACGCCACUUUUCCUGGCUGCCCGGGAAGGAAGCUUCGAGGCGGCCAAGAUGUUGCUGGACCACUUUGCCAACCGGGACAUCACGGACCACAUGGACCGCCUGCCCCGGGACAUUGCGCAGGAGCGGAUGCACCACGACAUCGUUCAGCUCCUGGACGAGUACAACGCCGUGCGAAGCCCCCAGGGUCUGGGCGGCCACUCCAUGUCCCCCCUCAUGUGCCCGCCCAACGGCUACAUGGGCAACCUCAAGCAGACUCCCCAAGGCAAGAAGGCUCGGAGGCCCAGCUCCAAGAACCUGGCUUCCGGGAACUCAGGCAGCAUGGCCAAGGAGUUGAAGGAGGCGAAGGCGCGGAACAAGAAGUUGAGUUUGGACUGCCAGGCCUCUCUGAUGGAAAGCUCCAUCACCUUAUCUCCUGUGGACUCCUUGGAUUCGCCGCGUGCCUACAUUGCAAAUCCCACCUCCCCGGUCAUGAAUUCCUCGGGGAUCCUGCAUCCUGCCAGCUCCUUGUCGGUCCUGGCUGGGACUCCCGUCAACGGCAUCCUGGAGGGUCCCUUCACCGUGUCCUUGGCCAGCCUAGGUGAGCUGGCGGGCCAGAACGCCACCAUUUUGUCCAUGAGCCGCAUGCAGCCGCGGCUCUCCAUGGCCGGUCAGGCCAACUGCCUCCUGAAUGCCGGCAGCUUGGGCCUCAACGUGGGCAUGGUCAGUCCCAUCACCGCCGUGCCCUUCGAGUGGCAACCCAGGAUGCCCAGUGCCGUGCAGCAGCCCAGUGCCGCGCCCCAGGGGAACAUGCGCCAGGGGCUGGCGCUGCAGGCCCACCGGCAGCAGCUGAUCGCCGGCCAGCCCAGCCCGGUCAAGCCGCAGAACCCAGCCGAGCAAGCUGCCAGCGGGCAGCCCAGGUGCCUCCCUCCAGCCUCCGGCCAGCAGGGUAUGCUGCGGAGCGAGAUGGGCCGGAUAGCGGACCGCCCGCCACAAGAGGCGCCACCUCCCCAAGCCCCCGUGCCCGCCUUCUUCAAGCAACACAGCAACCCCACCACGGAGGACUAUCUGCCUCCCACCUCCAAACACGGCUACACGGCCGGCCGCGACAACGCCCCCAAACAUUACCUCCACAUGAAGAAUGAGCACCCGUACCUAACACCAUCACCAGAGUCACCCGAACAAUGGUCCAGCCCCUCUCCCCACUCCAUGUCCGACUGGUCAGACUCUACCCCCAGCCCCACCAUCAUGGGACACCAGCCCCAAAUGCAGCACAUGGCUGAUCAAGUAACCAAAAUGCAGGUUUUUGCAUAAAACUCCCCGUUCUGUCCUUUUUCUUCUUAUUUUGUCUCGAAAGGAAAGGAUCGGAUCUAUAGGAUGUUAGGACCCUGGGCUGCUGUUGGCUUUCAUCUUGCAAUUUCUCCUCUCAUUAACUACAAAGAGACACGGGCGGGAAGAAACUAGUUCUGCAGUGGACACUGGCGGGAUCUCCGACGGCAAUCGCCUUUUGAAAUUCAUUCUUUCUUUAUAAAAAAAAAACACAUUUCCAAGACGGGAGGAUUUUGGCCUCACUGCCUGUUGAAGCUACUGAAUUGAAGGAGGGGUUUACAAGAUAUUGCAGCCUGUUACAUUCCUUAUCAUUCUUGCCGAAGGUCGAAAAACCUUCACUGUCAAACCAUCUCUCCCCACCACCCUUCCCCACUCUGCUGCUGGGCUCUCUGGACUUUACCUGCCUAUUGAUGCUGACAUGACUAAUGCCAGACUAUCUCCGAACUCUCGUUUUGCCCCAGGCGAUCGACCCAUGGCUGCCAUAUCCCACUGGGGGAGAAACAUAGUUGCUUCAGAACAGUUUGGGCGAGAAGACUCUGUCUUUCCAGGAGAAGGAGAAACCAAUGUCACACAACUAAUCUGUAAUUGUAGAUCCAGCUCCUUUGCCCAUGGAAUGCCACAAUGUGGUAUGGAAGCUCUCCAGUGAACUGUAAGCAUUGUAAUUUAACUGCCUGUAAAAGUCCCUGAGGUUUGUGUCUAAACCAGCGUAGCCUCAGCUAAGGACUCUGCCAUUUCAUUAUAUAUAAUUAUUGAGUAUUUUUUCAAAUGCGAUUUCUUUACCCGAAGUCCUGUUAUUUCUUUCGCCCAGUAUAAAAACAUUUUAAAAAACUUACUGCCUUUGCAACUUGCUACGCUGCCAAGUAUUAUUGUACAAUUAUUUAACUCUUUCUGAGGGACACUGUUAUUUUGUAUUGUCCAUUAUCAGCAACUUUCACAAAGGUCCAAAAUCUAGUCUUUUCCAGUUGGAAAGCCGGAUUGGAACCACAAACCUCGCUCUCAAAAGCCAACCCAGCUUCAGAAGUUCUCAGUGGAGGGACCACUAACCGUAGAGUUCGUCAUUUGGCCAGUAUAUAAAUCUCUGUAGUUUUCCCAUCACACCAGACCGCUGCACGUGGCACGUACGCAGUACGUCAAGAUAAUUAAUGAAUGAUUACCUAACGCUUUCCUUUUUUUUAAGGAAGAGCAACAUCACAAUUUCUGUCCAUUUUAAUUAUCUGCGGGAUGUUUCAUUAGAUAUUGCCCUUCUACCGUUGGAACCGAGUAGCUAACCUGGUUCUUUUUUUAUUUAUCAAAAAAUUCAUUCAAAAAUAAUAUUUACACUACAACAAAACAAAUCAGAAACCACCACCAUAAUACAAUGCAGACAAAUAUCCGAUGCUACAAUCCUUAUUGAGGAUACAUUCCCACCCCCCGCGGUGCCCAACGGUCCCGGAAAUCCUCCAGGGAGCCCGUGGACAGCGAGUAAUCCAUCUCUAAUCCCACCCGGGCAAGGACGUUACCCCGGAGAAGGGGCGGGUGGGCAGCCGGCUCGGGUAGAGCCCUCUUCCGCCUGGCACCGUGACUGGCGGAUGGCCAGCUUGGCCAGGCCCAGGAGCAGCAACCCAACCAGGACAUCUUCAGCCCUACCCUCUCCCCUACGCACAGGGAGUCCAAAUAUGAGGAUGGUGGGUGUGAAGGGCAGCCAGAAGGCAAGAAGCAGCCCCUUUAGAUAUUGAAACAGGGGCUGCAGCCUCACGCACUCCAAAUACACGUGGUACACAGACUCUUCCAGCCCGCAACAGUGGCAGGCGGCUGGCAAGUCUGUGAACCGCGAUAGAAACAGGUUGCAGGGAACACCUUGGUGCAAUACCCUCCACCCCAGCUCCCCAAUGUAGAGUGGGACGGGAUCCCUGCGUAGAGGGACCCCCCCACCCCACCCCCGGCACUUCUUAGUGGCAAUAGGCCUGACAAGUCUGACAUUUGGUUUAAAAUCACAAUCAAAUGAGGGAUUAUUUGAUUGGAACCAUACCAGCCGCACUGCCUUGGUUUAGAAUCUUUGUAAUCCCUUUUGCAUCCGGCCUGGGCAAGUCUUCUGGAGUUUUGUUCAGUGCUCUUGUUCAGCUGAACCCAGUGACAUGGGACUUUAACACAAUUGCCAGUCGUUACAAAAUCCCCACUUCUAAUUAUCCAGCAGAAUUAGCAGCAAGACAAGAGUCCUGAUGUAAAUAUGAUAGGGAGGAUGGACUGGGCUUUGGUUUCAAGCCUGUACUCUGCAUCUUUCUCACCCACAGUCAGUAUGCCCCUGGUCACUUCAAGCUGUGUAGACUCUCAGAAUGUGUCUGGGUACACAGGCAUCACGAGUAAGAGAACAAGGCAAAUGCUGGGAAAUAAAUUUGGGUGGAUUAUUUCUGAUUUAAUUUAGAGGCCUAUUGGACAUCUAGAGUAAAGCCUUUGCUAAUUUCUCCAUUAUCCCAGAAUGGGGGAGGCAAUUCUUGGGGCCAUCUUUGGCUGCUGCUACAAAACAAGGGGUGUUACACCAGAGGCAGGCAAGCCUUGCAUGACCCUGAGUGAGAAAGCCAACACAGGGAGGUAUUGAUCCAAAAAGAUUCAAAGACAAAUUGAAUUAAGUUGGAAUGUAAACCUCCAGAGAUGCUGCCUGACCUGCCGAGUUACUCCAGCACUUUGCGCUCUAUGCACCAUUCCUGCAUCUUCACUUCCUUGCAUCUCUCUUGAAUCUGAACAGCGUGCUUUCAAAUCAAUGGCGUGAAGUGGGAGAGAUGAGGACAUGGAAGAGUAUAGUACAGGAGAAGAGUAAGGCUUCCUUCCUUCCACUUCCUCUGGGUUCAUUUCAAGUCUUGGCCUCAUUGGGUAAAUCACCCCCCCCCCCCCAUUCCCAAGUGUGGUUCUGGGCCCAAUGGUGGGCACAGCAGUACGGAGAGGGGUACCCUAUGCCCACCCUAGGACAGGAUCCUAUGCCAGACAUGGAGGGCAUAAUGCUUUAAGGGGUUUGCCCUAUUACAUGAAGCUUCAUUGACUGCCAACACAUGACCUUGAAGGACAGGAUAGGGACAAUUUUCUUGUGUCCAAUGUUUUUUGGCCAUGAAAGCUAGGCCUGGACAGUUGGAGUUGGGGAAUGCGUGGCCAAGAGAAGGAACUUAGUUACAUAUAGCAGCAUAGUGGUGUAGGUGUUAGAGCUACUGGCUCACAGUGCCGGAAACAUGGGUUCGAUCCUGACCUCGGGUGCUGCCUGUGUGGAGUUUGCACCAGUUUUCUCCUUUGCACCAGUUCCUCCCACAACCCAAAGACGUGCGGGCUUGCAGGUUAAUCGGCCUCUGCUAAAUUGCCCCUAGAGUGUAGGGAGUGGACAAGAUAGCAGGAUAACGUGGAACUAGUGUGAACGGGUGGUCGGCGUGGACUCGGUGGGCCGAAGGGCUGUACGUCUCCACGCUGAAUAUGUGAAGCAGAUGUAUGGGGUGGGGAGACCAGGCAUGGCGGGGGAGAGAGAUGCAGGUCUGGAAGGCAACAGGUUGAGAUGGUAAGCCCUGGAAGACAAGGGCCAUGCAGUGAUCAGGCAUGGGGUUGGGAAUGAGAGAUGCUGGUUAUCUUGGCUUCUCCUAUCUCUUUCGUGGGUGGAAUGGACAAGGUAAAGCUAAUUCAAACGCAUGGAUUCUAUAUUUAAUUCUAGCCAAGCACCUGCAACAGGGAGAGCAUCAGACAGCUGGGUUAUAUCCUGCCAGAGGAACUGAAAUUAUGAAGGACCUAUAUAUAUAUUUUAUAUAUUUUUUCUCAAUAUUCUUGGUCAGAAAACACAACUCGAAACAGUAGAGUGUACAUUUAUAGCAUUAACUGAUUUUUUUUUUAAAGAAAAAAGUGUAAAUAAAUAAAACUGAAGAACAAAAAAAAUCAUUUACUCAUUUCAAAAAUACUUUGUUGAUUGUUGAGAUGUUUUAUGUACUCGGACAAAAUUCUAUUUCCUAUUAGUCAAAUGUCACACAGAAACACAGCCAAUGUAUUUGGCAGUUUAUUCUUAGAAGGAUUUUCUAGAUAUUUUAUAAUAUUUCAAGACUUUUUACAAAAAAAUGUAGCUUUAAUCUGUACAGAAAAGUAUUUGAAGUCACAUCCUUUGUAUGCAAGCAGUACAGGUUGUGAGGUGAAUAUACUUCUAAAUAAAGCUGUAGGAAACUACA